AUGUCUGCAACAGCAUACUUAACUAUUGUUCAACAACUACUCACUCGCUAUGGAAUGAGCACCUAUGUCGCAUUCGGCAAUCUCGGCAAUUUAUUAACAAUUGCCAUAUUCGCUCAAAAAAGUCAACGACUCAAUCCAUGUUCCUUCUAUUUACUAUGGAUGACAGUAUGCAAUUUAGUGUGUCUGGAUGUCGGCAUCGUUCCAAUCAUAUUUUCGUUGGAUCAUCUUGACAUUAGCACAGUUUCUGUUGUCUCCUGUAAACUUCAAUUUUACAUUCGUCAUGCAUCAUUUCAAAUGAUGAGACAUUAUAAAGUAUUAGCUUGUAUUGAUCGUUUUGCUCUGAGUAGUUUGAACAUGACUAUUCGAGGAUUCAGUCAAUACAAAGUUGCGAAGCGUAUGGUGAUUAUCGGUGGAAUCUUUUGGAUAUUGGUUGUGAUCUUCUUUGCCGCUGUGCGAACAGUGGAAAAUCACUCCUGCAAUAUUUUCGAUGACUUAUAUGCACUAAUUUACACGAUUUAUUACUUGAUCUUCGCGGGCAUUUUACCACCAUUUUUAAUUAUGCUAUUCAGUUUAUUAGUCAUGAGAAAUUUGAAACAAAUGCGUGCCCGGAUCACUCCAACAGGUGAGAAUGUGUCACAGCAUCUUCCGGUAGCGAAUAAGCUUCGUAAACGUGACCGAGAUUUGCUAAAAAUGGUUUUAGUCGAGGUGCUGUUUUAUGUUCUCAGCACGUUACCAUUCUCGAUUUUUCUUGUCUACAAAAUUAUUACUGAUGACUGGGUGAAAUCUAAAGAGAGGAAACAAAUUGAAACGUUUAUUAACUACAUGGCACAGUCAUUUAUGAUGUAUUUCAAUACGGCAUUACCGUUUUAUAUUUAUAUUUUUACAUCAGCAUCGUUUAGAAAGCAAACAAUGGGAAUUUUUGCGAAAUUCUACGCAUUUAUUACGGGAAAACCGUUCGGAGUCGAAGAACCGGGAAGAACAAUAGUGACAAUAAAGUAA